UUGCGCUCAGUAACCAGUUUAUCCUGUUGAUUCCAGUAAGACAAAUGCUAAAAAAGUUUUAGCAGUGCUCUUCGAUGACUACACAAAGAAUUAUGUGUCAAAUUAAUGGAUUUUCGUCUGCAAUGAUCUUAAUUUUCUUAAUCUACGUACCUUUGGUUCGUUCAGAGUUACACACACUCGAGACUAAAAUCUCUGGAAAAUAUGGACCGACGGUUGUAGGAUAUCACGAGUUUACUUCUGUGUCUACACUGGAUGGACUGCAGAUUGAUUAUUAUGACAGUGUGACAAAGAAGCUGAUUCCUAAACAGGACUGGAUGAAGGAGUUUGCAUCUACAGACAGAUGGGAAGAAUACACUGAGAUAAGAGAACGAAUGCAGCAGACCAGAGAACUCAACAGUCCUCCUCCAAUGCGAUUCAGUCCUCCACGUGGUGUUCAGAAGUAUCAGAGAGUGUAUGGAUGUGUUUGGGAUGAUGAGACUGGAGACAGACGUGGGUUUGAUGAGUACAGUAAUGAUGGAAAGGAUUUCAUCACACUGGACCUGAAGGAGAACAGAUACACUGCAUCUUCAUCACAGGCAGGUGCCACAGUGAUGAAGUGGAACUACGAAAGAGAACGGCUUGAUUUUCUGAAACGAUACUACAGAUAUGAGUGUUUUUACUUUCUGAAAGAGCUCCUACAUUUCUCUAAAGCUUCUUUUGAGAAAGCAGGUAAAGUUCCAGAGUCAACAGGACGGAGUUUGACGGAGCCAACCCAUAAGAUUCUGACAGAGGUGGCGACCAACAGUAGCAAGUUACACACACUCGAGACUAAAAUCUCUGGAAAAUAUGGACCGACGGUUGUAGGAUAUCACGAGUUUACUUCUGUGUCUACACUGGAUGGACUGCAGAUUGAUUAUUAUGACAGUGUGACAAAGAAGCUGAUUCCUAAACAGGACUGGAUGAAGGAGUUUGCAUCUACAGACAGAUGGGAAGAAUACACUGAGAUCAGAGAACGAAUGCAGCAGACCAGAGAACUCAACAGUCCUCCUCCAAUGCGAUUCAGUCCUCCACGUGGUGUUCAGAAGUAUCAGAGAGUGUAUGGAUGUGUUUGGGAUGAUGAGACUGGAGACAGACGUGGGUUUGAUGAGUACAGUAAUGAUGGAAAGGAUUUCAUCACACUGGACCUGAAGGAGAACAGAUACACUGCAUCUUCAUCACAGGCAGGUGCCACAGUGAUGAAGUGGAACUACGAAAGAGAACGGCUUGAUUUUCUGAAACGAUACUACAGAUAUGAGUGUUUUUACUUUCUGAAAGAGCUCCUACAUUUCUCUAAAGCUUCUUUUGAGAAAGCAGGUAAAGUUCCAGAGUCAACAGGACGGAGUUUGACGGAGCCAACCCAUAAGAAUUCUGACAGAGGUGGCGACCAACAGUAGCAAGUUACACACGCUCGAGACUAAAAUCUCUGGAAAAUAUGGACCGACGGUUGUAGGAUAUCACGAGUUUACUUCUGUGUCUACACUGGAUGGACUGCAGAUUGAUUAUUAUGACAGUGUGACAAAGAAGCUGAUUC